AUGUUGGAAAUUGAACUCUCAACAAGCUACUACCAAUACGAAGUAAAGCGUUACUUGAAUUGGAAAAGCUUUAUCUCUCAACCAAGGACCAUGUCUGAUGAUGAGGAUAACAUUGGUCCCUUCCCGACCGAAAUUUCUAAUGAAGUUGAUGUCGAAGAUGAAUCUAGAGAAGACACAGUUGGCCCUUUACCAACUGAAAUGAUGCCGCAGUCUGAUGAUGUUGGUGGAAGUAAUGACUGUUCUCCUGCUCCCCCAAAAAGCCAAAAGUUCUAA